UGCACCUACACACUGAGUGCAAACAGUUUUUUACUUAGUUUAUAGUCAACAAACUAACACCACAUAACUCCAUGUCAAAUGUAAGUGUGUUCACAUUUCAACUUCCUUGUCGAGUAUACUGUUUUUUAUGUGGAAAGAAAGAAACAAGUAGUACUUUAAACUUUGACGUUUUAAAUACAUUUGCAUGGUGUAUGUCUUAAUUAUUAUUGUUAUAUUAUUGUAUCUCACUUUAUGUAGGCUCCGUUUCUUUAGGUCUCAAAUUUGAUGCCAGAGCCACAACCGUUGACCACCCAGUGGCGGGUUUGUGAACUACACCCCAACACGUCAACUCCGAGAACGGCUGCUGUGAUUGGCUGUCGUCUGUCACGUGUUAAUUCUGAAGAUGGCGUCGCCAAAUGGAGGUGACGAUUUUGAGUCUUCUCUGCUGAGUUUUGAGAAGUUGGACAGAGCGUCGCCAGACCUAUGGCCUGAACGGUUGCCCGGAGUUGCAGAAUUUGCUGCAUCUUGUAAAAAUCCCAUCACUAAUUCACCCCCCAAGUGGAUGGCUGAACUAGAGAGUGAGGAUAUUGAAAUGCUCAAAGAACUAGGGAGUUUGACCACAGCCAACCUGAUGGAGAAGGUCAAAGGCCUUCAGAACCUCGCCUACCAGCUGGGCUUAGAGGAGUCAAGGGAAAUGACCAGGGGGAAAUUCCUGAACAUCUUGGAGAGACCCAAGAAGUGACAAAUCCAGUUUUGUUGUUUGUUUUUGUGUUUGUGAUUUCUAAAAUGUGAUGUAUAUGUGUAGAAACACAGUCCGAAUACGUUCAGACCCUCACGACAAACAAAAGACUGUGCCGAGGUCCUCUUCUUACAAAACUCCAUUCUAGAUAGAAGCCUUUCCUUUAACCCUUUAACAUCUACCCCUCAAAAUGAUCCGUACCGCAUGUUAAAAUACUGUUUUAAAAGUGUAAAGUGAAGAAAAACAAGAAGUUUUACUACACAAACAACAUUUGAACAGUGUAAACAUAUUUACAAUAACAUUUUUUAUCUUUGUCUCUCUGGCGACAAAGACACUGAUUAUCCGGGUUCCUUGAUACGGCGCAAGUGAAAUUUCCCGUAAUAUCCACACGUUGGCUCUGACAGGCGACUUUCUCAGCUUUCAGAAACUGUCGCGUAACCACGGUAACGCAAAGCAAUACGCUCGGUGUUAAAGGGUGAAUGGAAAACUUAAACAGAAUCUCUCUGUAGCUUGUUAGACCUCUUUUGAUUGCAGGUAUUUAUUCUUAUUUCUAUUUUAAACAUGAUUUGUGUGCAGUUGUGAGGUUGUAUAAUAAAGUUUUAACAUGAAAAUUC